AUGGGUCGUAAUUCGGCAUUGUUCAAACUCUACUCUCAAGUAGAUUUCGAGGAAAUUCGGCAGAAUGGAACAACCGAAGCAAAGGAAGUCAUUGACCUGCUGAUCAAAACCGGUCUGGGAUAUUUUCUAGAUGGUCCUCACGUAAUUUACAAAGAGGCGGUCGAAGAGUUCUUCAAAACCGCAACCAUCUCCUACGAUAGGAUCAUCGCAACGGGUUGCGGUUCCCAAAUCGAGAUCACCGAGGCAGUGGUGGCCGAAAGUUUGCGUCUCCCAACUACCGGCGAGGACGCAACGGCACCAAUAGACGAUGAUACUUUUGAGACGGCUCGCCACCUCUUAUCGGCAACCAAUAAGCCAAUCACGACAUCCGGAAAGGAUGAGGAGUGGGCCUCUGAGGAAACCGACACGGAGUGGACCGAAGAUAGAACGGUCCAUGAAGACGAUAAUUCGGCUCGGAGUCCGAACGAUGCCGAACGAAGCGCUAAUCCUGAGACCACCGAGGGUGAGGACGGGGUUGAUGAAGGAGACAAUGAUGAAGGAGACAAUGAUGAAGGAAACAACCAGGAAGAGGCCGAUGAGGCCGAGGCCGAAAGACUUGCCCAGAAUAUCUUUCAGGGCAUAAACAGGCGAGACGAGGACGUCAUAGAUUUAUAUCUGGAGUGGCAUGAGUACCGGUUCAAUACAAAGUAUAAAGAUAUCCGACCGGAUCUCUCGCAACAGGUUGAAUACCCAACACCCUCAAGAGAGGAAGUUGAGACACCAAGGGAAUUUGAGGAACCGAUAUUGGAAGAUGAGGAACCGAUACCGACUUUGGGAGUUGAGGUUCCAAACUUAGAAGAUGCUGUUCCAAACCUGGAAAGUGAGGUGCCAAGCUUAAAGGAUGCGGCAACAUUAGAACCUCCUAAUGAGAAUGCUGCACUGAUAGACUCCGGUGAGAGAGGCGAUCCAGAUCCCACCGAGCAGUUAACUCCUACUCCACCACCGGAAGCCACCGUGUCAGUUCCCCCUAAGGAAUGGAUUGAUGACCGGCUCCAAGAAUUUGAAGCAUCCGUUUCGGGGCGGAUUGAUGACCAACUUAAGAAGUUUGAAAUGUCCAUAUCAGGGCAGCUUGAAGACCGGCUUCAAAAGUUUAAGGCAUCAAUAUCGGAGCAGAUUGAUGACCGUGUACUUGAACACGAAGUGUCCAAGCUUCAACCGUUCAAGGAAUGCUGCAAUAAAAUAUUUGAUUCGGCCAUGCAGUUCGCCGGUGUGACAAAAAAUCUUGUGGAUCAACAUCAAGCACGCCUAGCCGACCUCAGCACCGGACUGUGGGAAGAGGCCGGUGAGCGCGAAAAAUGUGCUCAGCAUACCGCAGCUCUAGAGGGUAUAACUUCGGACUUAAAGAAAGAUUUCGAACGGGUCGACACGACAAUUGACCGGGUCUCGGUGCUGGAAAAGACAAAUGAGACUCUCGUGGCCGAGGAAAACGCGGAUGCCGCGGCUCUAGAGGCUGAUGCCCUAAUAGCUAAAAGGGUCCAGGAUGAACUAAACGCCGAAGCCAGCAAGGAUAAAGAGGCGCCGCGAUCGUCUCAGCUAACCGAAGCCGAAAUAGAGGCCGAAAGAAUAAGAAGGGCCGAGAUAUUAUAUCCAGGGUAUGCUGAGAAAGUGGCCAGUCAGGCCGCAGCGGAUGCCGAACGGUUAGACACGGAGGCACGAAGGCUGGCGGGAUUUGCAAAGGAACACGAGAAAAAGAAGAAGGCGGCCGCCUCCGAUUCAGAACCGAAGAAGAGAAAAAGGCCGGCUCCUAAGAAAGUUCGGAUAGUCGAGAUGCUCAAUGAAAUAUCUGACCCGGUUGCUACGGGGGAUGAAAACAAUGGAAAAUUAGCAGAUGAAAGUGAUAGAAAAGUAGUGGAGGAAAGUGAAGAGGAAACUAUAAAAAUAGAUCGAAACAACUCAGACAAAGUUGAAGUUAUUGAAUGCGCAACUCACAAACAAAUAUCAUCAUAUGCAAAAGUUCAAUCACUAAUAGUAAAGCCUAGAGCCAAACAGGUGAGGAUGCGACGUAAAUAUAAUCGCUGGAAUUCGAGGAAUGCAAAUUGGGUUUUGAGGAAUGCAAAUUGGGUUUUGAGGAAUGCAAAUUGGGAUUCUAAAACAGAAUACUCAGACGCGUCGUUGUUUGUCAUCCUUUAA